CCUCUCUGUGCAGGAGACCUCCAAACCCCUCCGCUGACUUCCCACUUAUCUCCACCCGCAGAAGAGAAGGACUCCUCCUGUUUGUGUUUCAGCACCAUGGUCAGCGCUCGAGCUCUCCUCCUCGCGGCCACCUGCUGCUGCGCCUACCUGUGCCUCGCUCGUGCAGAGGACUCCUCGCUGGAGACUCGCUCGUUGGAUUUCCCCCUGAAGAGCCAGCAGGAGAAAGACCUGAUUGACGCGUUGCAAGAGGUUUUGGAGAAGCUGAGGAGCAAAGAGAUGCCCUUAGAGAAAAAGCUUGGCUGGCUGCCUUCGUGUGAUGCAGGAGAACCGUGCGCCGUGCGUAAAGGCGCGCGUAUCGGCACGCUGUGCAGCUGUCCCCGAGGGACUGCCUGCAACUUUUAUGUUCUCAAAUGUUUGUGAAGGGAGAGCUCAGGGGAGUUUUGAGUGACACAAUAUGUUUCCAUUCUCUUUGUGAAGAAAAUAAAAAACGCGAUGUAAUAUGUGAUUCAUAAAGGACGAUUUUCUUUUAUAAACUUGGACUGAAAAACAGA